AUGGCAGCAGAGCAAGAGACUGGCUCCUCUGCGGGCGCUGCAAGCGAGGAGCAGCCCACCAGUGGCGAGGAAGGCUCCGGCAAACCACCCCAGGAAGGUGGCCUCCCCGAAUUCCCACCGGGGGACGAUGUCGGGGACGGUGUCAUCCCAGAAGUCGAGGACGGUGUUGUAGGCGACCCAGGAGAUGGGCGCCAGGGUGGCCAUCCCCGCCGUGCCAAAUGCCACUCCCCCGGCGAGCAGGAGCCACCCAAACGGCAGCGGCAGCGCUACGUGACGAAGGUGGGCAAGUGCCAGGUGAACCUGGGCAACAUCCAGGAGAAGAAGCGGUUCCUCUCAGACAUCUUCACCACCAUCGUGGACCUCAAGUACCGCUGGUUCCUCUUUGUCUUCAUGAUGUGUUACAUCGUCACCUGGGUGGUCUUCGGCACCGUCUACUUCUUCGACGCCUGGGUGCGGGGCGACAUCGGGCACCGGGGUGAUCCUGAGUGGCGGGCGUGCAUCGAGAACGUGGACGACUUCAUCUCUGCCUUGCUUUUCUCAGUGGAAAGCCAGCGGACCAUUGGCUAUGGCUCCCGGAUGGUGACAGCCAACUGCGCCGAGGGUGUCAUCCUGCUGAUGGCGCAGUCCAUCGUCGGCUCCAUGAUCGACGCCCUGAUGGUGGGCUGCAUGUUUGUCAAGAUCUCCCGGCCCAAGAAGCGCGCCCAGACCCUCAUCUUCAGCAAGAACUGUGUUGUCUCCCGCCGGGAUGAGAAACUCUGCCUGAUGUUUCGCGUGGGAGACCUGCGGGACAGCCACAUGGUAGACGCCAAGAUCCGGGCCAAGCUGAUCAAGUCCCGGCAGACGGCCGAGGGGGAGUUCAUCCCCUUGGAGCAGUCGGAGCUGAACCUGGGCUACGACACGGGGGAGGACCGCCUGUUUCUGGUGGAGCCCCAGAUCAUCUGCCACGUCAUCAACCGCCACAGCCCCUUCUGGGACAUGUCGGCCGAGUCACUGCGCCGGGAGCAGUUCGAAAUCAUCAUCAUCCUCGAGGGCAUUGUGGAAGCCACAGGAAUGACGUGCCAAGCCCGCACCUCGUACACGGAGGACGAGAUCCUCUGGGGGUACCGCUUUGAGCCCUGCAUGUCCCUGGAGAAAGGCGCCUUCCGGGUGGACUACAGCCGCUUCGAGAUGACCUUUGAGGUGCAGACACCAGCGGCCAGUGCCAAGGAGCUGCAUGAGCUGAAGGAGCUGGAGCAGCAGGAGCACUCCAUGCUCAGCCUCUACUGGGACCACCUCCUGCAGCCCUGCACCCCACCGGGGACGGGGCCUGGCAAGGAUGCUCUCACCGGGCUGAGCGGUCCCGGCAGCGUGGCCGAGGGCAGCCGGGAUGAGCCGCUGGAGCGGGGUGUUGCCGCCUGA